CAUGAGACGGGAGGUCCAGGCUGCAGCCGAAAAGAGAAAGUCAGAAGAGACGGAAGAGGAAAGGGGAAGCAGAUGGAGGACGAGGACAGAGUGGUGUCCCACAAACGUCCAGACUUCAGCAGUCGUGAAGCUGAACCUUCAGACGCACAAACCAAACCUGGACCUUCUCCGGGACUCAGCAGUGAGUCUGUGAAGAGCGACGCUUCCAAAGACCUGCCUUUACUCCUCAGAACCAAACCUGGACCUUCUCCGGGACUCAGCAGUGAGUCUGUGAAGAGCGACGCUUCCAAAGACCUGCCUUUACUCCUCAGAACCAAACCUGGACCUUCUCCGGGACUCAGCAGUGAGUCUGUGAAGAGCGACGCCUCCAAAGACCUGCCUUUACUCUUCAGAACCAAACCUGGACCUUCUGCGGGACUCAGCAGUGAGUCUGUGAAGAGCGACGCCUCCAAAGACCUGCCUUUACUCUUCAGAACCAAACCUGGACCUUCUCCGGGACUCAGCAGUGAGUCUGUGAAGAGCGACGCCUCCAAAGACCUGCCUUUACUUUUCAGAACCAAACCUGGACCUUCUCCGGGACUCAGCAGUGAGUCUGUGAAGAGCGACGCCUCCAAAGACCUGCCUUUACUUUUCAGAACCAAACCUGGACCUUCUCCGGGACUCAGCAGUGAGUCUGUGAAGAGCGACGCCUCCAAAGACCUGCCUUUACUCUUCAGAACCAAACCUGGACCUUCUCCGGGACUCAGCAGUGAGUCUGUGAAGAGUGACGCCUCCAAAGACCUGCCUUUACUCUUCAGAACCAAACCUGGACCUUCUCCGGGACUCAGCAGUGAGUCUUUGAAGAGCGACGCCUCCAAAGACCUGCCUUUACUCUUCAGAACCAAACCUGGACCUUCUCCGGGACUCAGCAGUGAGUCUGUGAAGAGCGACGCCUCCAAAGACCUGCCUUUACUCUUCAGAACCAAACCUGGACCUUCUCCGGGACUCAGCAGUGAGUCUGUGAAGAGCGACGCCUCCAAAGACCUGCCUUUACUCUUCAGAACCAAACCUGGACCUUUAAGAGAGACGUCUGGGGUUUCUGUGGACGAGCAGACAACCUGCUGUUCUUUGUGUCAGAACGUCCUAAAGGAUCCGGUCUCUACCAGGUGUGGACACUGGUUCUGCAAAUACUGCAUCACCUCACACUGGAACCAGUCUGGUCCACCAGGAGACCUCUGCUGUCCUCAGUGUGGACAGAACAUCAGCAUCCCGACAGAUGUUGGUCUGCAGGAGGUUCUAGAUGAACAUAAGAUCAGUCUGAGGAGCAGAUUUGAACAUGUGACUGAAGGAACUGGUGGAAGAGGAAGUAGAACCCUCCUGAACAGGAUCUUCACUGAGCUCUACAUCACACAGGGACAGAGUGAAGAGGUCAAUACUCAACAUGAGGUGAGGCAGCUGGAGACGACCUUCAAGAAGAAGAUGGUCCAGGACACUCCCAUCAAGUGCUGCGACAUCUUUAAAGCCUUACCUGACCAGCAGGGGCGCAUCAGAGUCGUCCUGACCAACGGCGUCGCUGGUGUUGGAAAAACCUUCUCGGUGCAGAAGUUCACUCUGGACUGGGCCGAGGGUUUUGAAAACCAGGAUGUGAAUCUGCUGAUUGUGCUCUCGUUCAGGGAGCUGAACCUGAUCAGAGAUCAGCAGCACAGUCUUCUCACGCUGCUCCAUGUUUUCCAUCCAACAUUACAGAAGGUCAGCGCAGAGAAGCUCGCUGUCUGUAAACCUUUGUUCAUCUUUGACGGCCUGGAUGAAAGCAGACUCUCACUGGACAUCAGCAGCAGGACCCGGGUUUCUGGCGUCACACACAGGUCAUCAGUCAACGUGCUGCUGACCAACCUCAUCCAGGGGAAUCUGCUUCCCUCGGCUCUCAUCUGGAUAACCUCUCGACCUGCAGCGGCCAAUCAGAUCCCUCCUACAUGUGUUGACAGGGUAACAGAAGUCAGAGGCUUCACUGACGACCAGAAGGACGAGUACUUCAGGAAGAGAUCCAGAUCUGAAGAUCUGUCCAGCAGAAUCAUCUCGCACAUCAAGACGUCCAGGAGCCUCCACAUCAUGUGUCAAAUCCCAGUCUUCUGCUGGAUCAGUGCUACAGUUCUGGAGCACAUGUUGACCACAGAGCAGAGAGGAGAGCUGCCCAAGACCCUGACAGACCUGUACUCACACUUCCUGCUGGUUCAGAUCAUGAGUAAGAAGAACAAGUACGAUAAAGGAUGUGAGACGAGUCCACGGCAGCUGACGGAGGCUGACAGGGAAGUUCUUCUGAAGCUGGGGAGGCUGGCCUUUGAACAUCUGCAAAAAGGAGACAUCAUGUUCUACCAAGAAGACCUGGAGCGGUGUGGUCUUGAUGUGACAGAGGCCUCGGUGUACUCAGGAGUUUGUACAGAGAUCUUCAGAAGAGAGAGCGUGAUCUUCCAGAAAACAGUCUACUGCUUUGUUCAUCUGAGCAUUCAGGAGUUUCUGGCUGCAGUCUACAUGUUCCACUGCUACGCCAACAGGAAGACAGAGGUACUGCAGGACUUUCUGGGAAAACAAGAUGAUAAUUCAAUCCUGGAUGAAUUCAUGAAAGGAGCCAUGAAGAAAUCCCUUCAAAGUGAAAAUGGUCACCUGGACCUGUUUGUUCGCUUCCUUCAUGGACUCUGUCUGGAGUCCAACCAGAGACUUGUGGGAGGUCUGCUGGGUCAGACUCAGAACAGUCCAGAGAUCAUGCAGAGAGUCACUGACAACCUGAAGAGGCUGAAGGCUCGCAACAUCUCUCCUAACAGAUGCAUCAACAUCUUCCACUGUCUGAUCGAGAUGAAUGACAACACGGUGCACCAGGAGAUCCAAGAGUUCCUGAAUGCUGAGAAAAGACCAGCAAAGGAGGUGUCUGAGAUCCACUGCUCAGCUCUGGCCUACAUGUUGCAGAUGUCAGAGGAGGUUCAGGACGAGUUCAACCUGAGAACAUUCAACACAUCAGUGGAGGGACGUUUGAGACUGAUUCCAGCUGUGAGGAACUGCAGGAGGGCUCGAGUCAACCGGUUACGACUCUCACAGCCUCACUGUGAAGUCAUUGGCUUGGCUCUGAAGUCCAACCCGUCUUACCUGACACAUCUGGACCUGAGGUGGAACCACCUGGAGGAGUCAGGAGUGAAGGAGCUGAGUUCUGGACUGCAGAGUCCACACUGUUGCCUGGAGAACCUCAGUCUGAGCGAGUGCAGGUUGACAGAGAUCAGCUGUGUCUCUCUGGCCUCGGCUCUGAACUCCAACCCCUCGCACCUGAAACACCUGGACCUGAAUAAAAAUGAGCUGAAGGAUUCAGGAGCGAAGGAGCUGAGUGGUUUUCUGCGGAGUCCAGACUGUGGACUGGAGACUCUGAGUCUGAUUGACUGCAGUUUGACAGAGAUCGGCUGUUCUUCUCUGGCCUCGGCUCUGAAGUCCAACCCUCACCUGAAAGUCCUGGACCUGAGCUGGAACAAGCUGCAGGACACUGGAGUGAAGGAGCUGAGUGGUUUUCUGGAGAGUCCAGAUUGUGGACUGAAGACUCUGAGUUUGAUUGACUGUGGUCUGUCAGAGAUCAGCUGUUCGUCUCUGGCCUCGCCUCUGAAGCUCCUCCCCUCCAACCUGAGACACCUGGACCUGAGUGGAAAUGACCUGCAAGACUCUGGAGUGAAGGAGCUGAGUGCUGGACUGCAGAGUCCACACUGUGGACUGGACACUCUGAGUUUGAGUGAGUGCAGGUUAACAGAGAUCAGCUGUUCUCACCUGGUCUCUGCACUGAAGCUCCGCCCCUCUCCCGUGAGACACCUGGACCUGAGUAUGAACCCGCUACAGGACUCUGGAGUGAAGGAGCUGAGUGGUUUUCUGCAGAGUCCAGACUGUGGACUGGACUCUCUGAGACUCAGUAGGUGUGGUCUGUCAGAGAUCAGCUGUUCUUCUCUGGCCUGGGCCCUGAAGCUCCGCCCCUCCCACCUGAGACACCUGGACCUGAGUGGGAAUGACCUGCAGGACUCUGGAGUGAAGGAGCUGAGUGCUGGACUGCAGAGUCCACACUGUGGACUGGACACUCUGAGUCUGAGUGAGUGCAGGUUAACAGAGAUCAGCUGUUUUUCUCUGGCCUCUGCUCUGAAGCUCCGCCCCUCACAGCUGACACACCUGGACCUGAGUGAAAACCCGCUGCAGGACUCUGGAGUGAAGGAGCUGAGUGCUGGACUGGAGAGUCCAGUCUGUAGACUACAGACUCUGAGACUGAGUGACUGCAGUUUGACAGAGAUCAGCUGUUCUUCUCUGACCUCAGCUCUGAAGUCCAACCCCUCCCACCUGAGACACCUGGACCUGAGCUUCAACAACCUGCAGAACUCAGUGGUGAAGGAGCUGAACAGUCUGGUGAAGAGUCCAGAUUUCAGACUGGACACUCUGAGGUGGAGGCGGGACUUUCAGGACAGGUGGGUUUGAAGAGGACGAGCUGGUCUCUGCCUGGGUCAUGUGACUUCAGACCUUCAUCCUGUAGUGUCUGACAGAAAAAUCUGACUUUAUUAGCUACAGUAGCUGUUAGCAGCUACACACAAUCUAACCACGCCCACUCUGCUGUCUGUCUGUCUGUCUGCUGCUACAACCACAAACUCCACACUCCUCUCUGUAGCUGCUAGUGCUAACAACUGUAGCUUCUACAGUAGCAUCAGUGUUUGACUUCAACUUCUACAUUAGCUUCCAUCAUUGCGUGUGUCCAUUUAUCAAAGCUACCUUCAAGUUAGCCACUAGCGACAGUUGAUGAUUGUUUUAAUGAUGAAAUGUAGUAAAAUAUGAUCUAAAGUUUUAUUGUUGUGAUAAAAUUGAAAGUGUUAUGAUCAUUUAAUUAAUUCAUGAUUCUGUAUUUCAAUCAUUUCCUGUUUUAUUUUGUAUUUGGACUCAUUUCAACUUCCUGUUGUUUUUGACGUCAGCUGAUUUCACUCCAUUGUUUGGGCCUGUUUAUUUCAUGUUUGAUUAACAUUUCAUUAAUCUGCAUUUUUGACUAGUCCUCUGAGUCGUCCUGUGAAGCACUUUUCUCCUCUGUUUGAUGUGUUAUAGUUAUAGCGCCACCUGCUGAACUAGCAUUUCACUUGACAGUAGUUCUGAGAACUUUUUGAUUAUUUCAGCUUUGUCCACUUUGGUUCAUGUAUCUAUGGUCUAACAUGAGUGGGCGGGGCUUGUGGUCUAUACGGCAGCUAGCCACUAGAGGGCGCUCCUGUCAUGUCCAUUUUGAUUUACUUUGACAGAAAACGUGAUUGUUUUCAUAAGGAGUAAGAACAGGAAGUGUCUGUCAAACAGGAAGUGCUUUACAUUCACCAUGAGCUAAAGCUUCAUAAUAAAACAUUGUU